AUGUCGUCGUCUUCCCAGUCUGACUAUGCUGGCGCGAUCGAUUUCAUGCUCGAGCAGCUCAACAAUGCUUCCCUGGACCCCGUUCGCGCAGAGAGCAUGCGAAGCGCACUGGAGGACCUAAGACCGGUGGGGGCCAUCCUGGACGAAGAAUCUUCUGAAGAGGAAAGCGUGGAAAGCAAAGUGGAACGUGUUCAUCAACUGCAAGGUGCAGCGCAAGAUGUGCACAAUCUGAUAGCCCGGAUAGGUCCUGCGAUACGAAACCCAACAUAUCCGGGCCGGAAUGUCCAGCCAAGUCCGAUACUAGCGGACAUACAAGAGCUGAAGCUUUUCCUAACUGAUGUGCGGGGCAUGACGGGGGGGAAAGAGACUGUUCAAGCAGGGACCCUCUUCUCACGCCUUGCAAUCCUGCAGUCACGGCUGCAUGGUGCUCGAAGCGAAGCAGAGGUCAAGCAGCUCGAGGUAGAGGAGCUGCGUCAAGCCGCCGAAGACGUUAGGCGGUUCGCUCGCCGCAGGAACAUCCUGCUGGCCCAGCCCAUCUGGUCCUACCGCGGGGGUGUUCCGUGCGCGAAUGUUCUUUUCUUUUCCGGGCCUGAUUCAACGCGAGAGGCCCUUUGUACCUUCGCAAAGCUCCGUGGGUUCGAAGUGAGAGACAAGAACCCUAUCGGAGUCGACUUUGCGGAGGGUCGCUGGCAUGACUUGCAAGAAGCUAACCUUGCUGUUUUUGAUCUAUCGGAGGAAGCGCCGCAAGUGUAUUACGAGAUGGGGGUUGCCAUUACGCUGGGAAAGGAGCUCGUGCUCUUGUGCCGCAGAGGAGUCAGCCCCAGGUUUGAUGUUGGGCAGAAUUAUGCAGAGUAUGAAGUUGAAGAUGAUCGAUACGGCGUCGUUCAGGCUGCGUUAGAUUCGUGCCUUUAUCGACUGCAGAACCGCGGCGAUCGGUCGACAUCAACAGCAAAAGACACCUACAGCUACGCAAAAUGGCUUGCUCGUCAGCAACCGCACAAUGCCAUCCUGGCUGCCUUCUGUCAGUCAAACGAGGCCGGAGACGAUCCGCUCGAGAUAGACAGCGCCCUCCGCGUGCUGAAUCAAUUGCUGACACGGCAACAUGAGAUAAUCCUUCCGCGGUGGCCAGGCUGCUACCCAGACCCUGAGGCCAAGAGAUGUUUCGUCGUCAUGCCCUUUGCUGCGCACAUGGGGACUGCGCGGGCUGCGAUUGAGAUCGGGAUCAGUUCAGCGGGUGGGCAUGCCAUUCGAGGAGACGUUGCGGAGGGUUCCCAUAUACUACGGUCAAUCUGGGAUGAGAUAAACCGUGCAAAUCUUGUCGUCGUCGACCUGACGGAAUUCAACCUCAAUGUCUGCCUUGAGCUGGGCAUUGCUCAUACCCUCGGCCGACAGGUCCUUCUCACGGGUUAUGAGGGGACGCAGAAUAGCCUCAGCCGGGCUCUACCGAACGUAGCAAAGGUUCGCCUACAGAGUUACUCGAGCCAUCUUUCCUUGGAGAGAACAUGUUUCGAUACCGUGGACAAAAUCGAUGGUCGGCGCCCGGUGCUUCGGGGGAGUCCGGCGGUCUCCUCUUCGAUUGACGCGAUUAGAUAG